UUUACCGGUUUGAAUACUUCCAGAGCCUCGCACGUCGGCAUCAUCUAAAUUCGAUGUUCACGAGGAUGAUGUAUUGAUGUUGAUCUGCCGUGUAGAUGCGGAUCUGGAAACCUCCCCGGUGAUGGGGUAAAGACACGAAGAAGCUACUCAAGUCCUGAAACAACAAAUGAAUACCAGCUUCCCAGUGGAAAGAGGCCCGUUUUGCAUUUUGGCUCCUUCUUUGUCACUGCGUGAGGUUUGACAAGUGCGUUUACCCAGAGUGGUUGAAGCAUUGUGUGGAAACUCUGCUUUUCAACUGCAUAGCUUCAAUCAUUUAUUUGUGAGAAUCUGCACUCCCGACUGUCUGUAACCAGAUCUGACACCAUGUGACUUGGAUUUGGGGGUGUUGUGAUUGGUCGGCUGGAGGAACUCGGCCCUCCCACUCAAUGAUGUGUGCUCACGACCGUUGCUAAUGCUGCACAGUGAUUUGACAGCAGACUUGGCACAGUGCCUGCAUUACAUCUCUGGAUCCAGCAGUAACGAAACAAGGACAUAGGCGGCUUAUUGAAGCACAAGCGUACUGCAGUGGAGAAAGGGGAACGUGAAAAAAGAGAUCAUUAACUGUCUUGAGGAAGUCCCAUGUGUCCUGUGGUUAGCUGGUGCCUGAACAAACUGCUCGGGUAACUAGCGGACAGUAGUUUGUUCCGGUCUGAAGUGGGUAGUCAGGCAAAUGUGACUCUUGAAUUUUUAGCUAUAGUCAGAGAGCAGCUAUUAACUGCAGGGUAGAGAGAGAGAGAGAGAGCGAAUGAUCCUUUCAGACUGCUGGUGCCCAUGUACGACUAACGAUGGGGGGGAAUUUAGGAUGCCACCGUUCUAUUCCCAAGGAUCCUCUGGAGAUUGGGCAGAAUCGCAAGUUCAGUGCCGCAUGCAACUUCAGCAACAUCCUGGUGAACCAGGAGCGGCUGAACAUCAACACGGCCACCGAGGAGGAACUGAUGACCCUUCCUGGGGUCAACCGAAUGGUGGCACAAAAUAUUGUGGAGUACCGCGAGUGUAUUGGUGGGUUUAAGAAGGUUGAGGACUUGGCGCUGGUGAGUGGGAUUGGCGCCGCCAGGCUGGAGCAGGUGAAACUGGAGAUCUGCGUGGCAAGCAGUCGAAGUUUCGGCUCUACGCAGCACUCCCCCAGCUCUGCGCGCAGGGAUCCCCAUUCUGAAACCCUCUCCUCCACCAGCAGAGUCAACGUGAACCUCGCCACAGUGGCGCAGUUGAUGAGCCUGCGGGGAAUCAGUGACGAGGUGGCGCGCAACAUUGUGAGCUAUCGGAAGGAACGCGGGCCAUUUGAGACUGUUGAUGACCUGACGAAGGUGACCUCCGUCAGCCUGGCGCUGCUGGAGCGCGUGCGGCCCCGCAUCUGCGUGGAGCGGUCACGGCCCACGUCCACCCACACCGGAAAUGGGGGGAUCGACUUCGCCGCCAAGCCUCGCCCCAGCCCUACCUCACUCAGCUUGCAGAGCGAGGACCUGGAUCUCCCACCCGGCGGCCCGACUCAGAUCAUCUCGACCCGUCCAAACGUGGAGGUGUUCAGCGGGCUGAGGGACGGCGAGCGGGUCCUGAGGAUAGCCAGCUGGAAUCUGCAGAGCUGCUCGACCGAAAAGGCCACUAAUCCUGGAGUGAGGGAAGUUGUGUGCAUGACGCUUCUGGAGAACGGCAUUAAGUUGUUAGCUGUGCAAGAAAUUACUGAUCGAGAAGUCUUGGAAAAGUUCUGUGCAGAAUUGAAUCAGCCCAUGCUGCCAAAUGUUCGAAAAUGGAAAGGUCCCAGAGGAUGCUGGAUGUGUGUGGUGUCUGAGAAACCAUCUGUACAGACGCUCAAGAGUGCAGAGUAUGCUGGUUAUCUUUGGGACACCAGCGCCGGAGUCGACUUGAGGACUGCGUUCCUUCUGGAUAAAGCACAAACCAAUGGGAAUGGGAAGCCUUGCGUCUUAAGGCCGUACCUUGCACGUUUUAAGAUUGGAACUGUUGACGUUACUUUGGUGAAUGUUCAUCUGAAAGGAGAUGUCACUGAGGAAGAGACUAAUAAAGUCUCACUGUUUACAGGCACUCUUCAGGAAACCCUGAAAGGCGAAAAGGAUAUUAUUAUUCUGGGGGAUUUCAGUCUAUCGCCCGACGCAAAUGAUUUUGACCACCUACGGAAAGAGAAGUUUCUUCACUGUGUCCCUGCAAGUACUUUCACCAAUAUCAGCACAAAGAACCCUCAGGGGUCAAAGUCUACAGACAACAUCUGGAUUAGCCGAACACUCAAGAAGACAUAUUCAGGUCAUUGGUCGGUUAUUAGGGAAGGUCUGACUAAUCCCUGGAUUCCUGACUGUUGGUCAUGGGGAGGAGUUGCCUCCGAGCACUGCCCGUUGUGGGCAGAGUUCUACGUAGAAAAAGACUUGGGUAGAAAAAUCCCAUUUGGAAAUGGCAGCGCCGUGACUGUUGAACAAGCUAAUGGUAGCACCAAAGAUGAGCGGUGACAUACGUCACAGUUGCUGGACGUUUAUUACAGAACGAGUACUCAUCAAUGAAGCAAGUGAGCAACUGAAUGUGAAAGGAUCUAAUCUGCCUUUUAACAAUUAACUUUCAAUUGUGAUGUGGUUAAUUUCUGCUGCAAAUGAGUGUGUUUUUUAAAAUUAAAUAAUAGGCUAUUUUUUUUGAAAGUGGGGAAAGAAGAGAUAUUUUAAAUGGGGGGUGGGGAGGAGAGAAGGACACUUUAUGCCAAACAAUUUGGCAACUUAAGUUGCUAUUAAUGUACUUUAAAAAUACAGUGGAUGAUAUUAAGCUCAGUCACCUCAUCCACUCUCUCCUUUGGAACAUUUCAAAAUACUGCACUAUUUUCAUUCAGUAUCACUAACACUGCUUAAAUUUGGAAGCUAAGAUGGAAAGCUACAGCUGCUGCUGGCAUUUAAUGCUUCAGGUAUAAGUGAAAAGGUUAACUUUUUGUACAUAAAUAGUGAAACAGAUAUUAUAUUGUGAUUUUUUUGUUUUUGCUUUUGCACAGAGAUUUAGGAUGUAUUUGUUCCUAUUCUGCCAUUCAUCAUAUAAAAUGAUAAGCAAUAGUAGAUUAUAUUUGUACUGAGCUUGUGAUGGUAAAGUAGCUUUUUUUGGAAGAUAUUUGGUAUGCUCAUAUUGCACCGUGUUGCACAUAAGCAUCACACUGCUGGUGUGGCAGUCCACAUUUUAUGUGAACCCAGGGAGCUAAAAGGGAAGACUGCAUUCUGCAGUAAAAUAGCGAAAGCACAGCGUAGCCAUUGUCGCAGUCCAACACUUCGUUGGCUGUGUCCUGUGGGGUCUGUGACUAGCAUAUUUUAAUGGUACAGUUUAUGACUGUUACUAUAAUUACCACUUGUAAUAUUAACUUGUAUGGUACUCUGAAAUUGCACAUUUAAUUAAAGAGCUAAUAAAUUUAACAAUAUUUGAGCUGUAUC